UCCCGCCCACUAGCUUGGCAGCCAAUCGCUUGCGCUGGCGCGCAGUCCGCCGUGAAUCCAAAACAGUGGGGUUGGGGGAGGGCAGCUGAGUGCGGCGCGGCUAUGGAGGCGGCCGGGAGUGAGAAGGAAGCGGCAGUGCUAGAGGUCCUUGCUGAAGUAGCAGACAUCCCGGAGCCUGUAGGCCUGCAAGAGGAGGCCGAACUGCCAGCCCGGAUCCUGGCCGAGUUUGAGAGGAACUCACGGAAGAAAGACAAGCUGCUGUGCAGCCAGCUUCAGGUAGCAGACUUUCUACAGAACUUCCUGUCCCAGAAGGACACGACCCAGGGCCUGGACCCCUUGGUGUCUGAAGACACGAGCCGACAGAAGGCAGUUGAGGCCAAGGAGCAAUGGAAAGAGCUGAAGGCCACCUACCAAGAUGACGUGGAAGCCAUCAGAAGCACUGUGACCCAUGCUCUAACCCAGAUGGACGAGGCCCAGAAGAAGCGGAUCCAGCUCCAGGAGGCUGUUGAGCAGCUCCAGGCCAAGAAACGGGUGGCCGUGGAGAAACUCAGAGCAGCCCAGGAGCAGUGGCGGCUGCAACAGGAGAAGCAUCUGAAGCAUCUAGCGGAGGUUUCUGCAGAGGUAAGGGAGCGCAAGACUGGAAAACAGCAGGAGCUUGAACAGCUGCGUCAGGAACUUGGAAUCUUGCAGCAGCAGGCAGGAAUGGUGCAGGAUAAGCUGCAGAGGCACCAGACCUUCCUUCAGCUGCUGUAUACCCUGCAUGGUAAGCCGCUGUUCUCUGAGGCUGACGCUGAGGCCAAAGCAGAGGCCGAGCUACCACAGGAGUUUCUUCACCUGAAUCUUCCUGAGGAAAAGCCCCGAAAGCUGACCUGCCCCCAAGAGCAGAGCAGAAUACUGGAGUGGAACACUGGGGACACCAUGGAGAGAGACCAUGAAGUGUCCUCCAAGCAGGAUGGUCUGUGAACUCCAGAGUGCAGCCUGAUUUAUGACCUGACUCAUGUAGGGAUACAUGGCGAGGAUACCUGUGGGGAGCAACCCGGACUGGACUGAGUUACUGGAAUUAAGACUUAUUCUAUGCAUCUGCUUUCCCACAAUAUGGCGCUGAGAAGGGAAACAGCUUCUACACAGCUGCCUCCAGUUCAACCAAUAAACUGUGGGACCUGCUCCUGAUUGUAGGAGAGCAGCGUACUCGGCAUGUGGGUAGCAGAGUUGGGAUUGGUGGAAGAGGACUAUAAAGGAGGAGAGAGAUGGCAUGCACCAGGAACAUCUAAGGGGAACAUCUGAAGGAACACCUGUGCAGCCCCCGAGAGAGCCGGCCAGCGGUGUGCUGCUCCCCCGCGGAAGUGGGGAAAGUGGCAGGGGGAACUGCCCUUCCACGGAGGUGGAAGGGACGGUAGCCAACCCGGGAAGAACCAGCAGCAAACCUGGGGAAGGCCGAGCAGACGAAAGAACAGCGCAGGGUCCUGUGUCGUUCCUCCACGAAGAGGGGGAGCGACAUAAUGGUGCCGUGACUCGGAUAAGAAACUUAGGAGGGAAGAAAUGGGAAAAUACCGGAGAGAGAGACUAGCAAAGAGCCUAGGGGAAAGCCGGACGAAAAAGGUGUCGGAAGAAGCUAUUGAAAGCCUAGGCAUAGACUCGGAUAUGGACUGUGGGAAAGAAGUUAGGAUUGAAAGCGAAAGUGAAAGCUUUCAUAGACUUGGAUGCAGACUAUGGCGGGGAAACUAGGAGAUUGAAAGUGAAAGUGAAACCUGGAGGAGGCUUGGACUCGGAUACGGACUGUGGGGAGAAGCCAGGAGAAAUGAGAGGAAUAUUGUUGGAAGAAAACUUAAGGAAACAUACCGGGUAGAGAAAAAUGUUAGGGAGGAUGAAGCCACGAGUGCAGGCCGAGGCGGAGACGUAAGCCACCUUGGAAUUCUUCAAGUCACCCCGGGGAGCAAGAGGCGAAGAUCUGGAACCAGAGGCAGAGACGUGGGCCGCCAGGUUGGAAUUCGCCAGGUUAGUCCGGGGAACUUGGAUUGAAUGCUAGUGGCGGAGACGUAAGCUACGCUGUGUGACUCGCGGAAGCCGCCGCAUGCAGAGAGAGCACGGGGCGUGAAUAGAUAGGGAACGCGGGGCUGGCGCGAGGCCGUGGUGCGGACGUGAAAGGCGUGGAGACCGCGGAGCGCGCGAAGCCAAGCCGCGCAAAGCCGGGAAGCCGCGCAGAUGAGAGAGGCGCGGGCUGAAGCGGCUCAGAGCCGGGAAGCCGCCGAGAAGUAGCCUCGGGGCGGGCGCCGGGAAGCCGCAGGGAUAAGAGAAACAGAAAUUUAGAAGUAAAAUGAGAGAAAUAGGAAUGCUGGCAGAUAGAAGUAAAAUAGGAAUGCCCGGAGGUAGAGAAAUGGAGAAAAGUAAGGCCUCCCCUCAACAUGGCAAUGAGAAGGCUUGGAUUCGGUCUGCCUGAUUAGUAAGGCGGAAAGCACCAGCAGGCGGCUCGACCAGAGUAUGAGCUGCAGGUCACCGAAGAUAGGCACGAGUUAACAUCAAUAAGUCUCCCCACAAGACGGCAAUGAGAGGGCUUGGAUUCGGUUUGCCUGAUAGGACUUGUAAGCACCUGCAGGCAGUUCUAGCAGAGUAGAGCAUGCGCUGCAGGGCACCGAACACAGGCACGCAUCAGCGCCUAAAAACCUCCUCGCAACAUGGCGAAGAGAGGACCCGGAUUCGGUUUGCCUUAUUGGUAGGGCUUGUAAGCACCUGUGGACAACUCCAGCAAGCAGAGCAGAGUGUGUGCUGCAGGGCACCGAAGACAGGCGCGUAUCAACGCCAAAAAUAAAAAGAAAGGGGGAUCUGUGGGGAGCAACUGGGAGCAACUCGGACUAGACUAAGUUACUGGAAUUAAGACUUAUUCUAUGCAUCUGCUCUCCCACAAUAUGGCGCUGAGAAGGGAGAAACAGCUUCUGCACAGCUGCCUCCAGUUCAACCAAUAAACUGUAGGACCUGCUCCUGGUUGGAGGAGAGCAGCGUACUCGGCGUGUGGGUAGCAGAGUUGGGAUUGGUGGAAGAGGACUAUAAAGGAGGAGAGAGACAACAUGCACCAGGAACAUCUAAGGGGAACACCUGUGCAGCCCCCGAGAGAGCCAGCCGGCGGUGUGCCGCUCCCCCGCGGAAGUGGGGAAUGUGGCAGGGGGAACCGCCCUUCCACGGAGGUGGAAGGGUCGAUAGCCAACCCGGGAAGAACCAGCAGCAAACCUGGGGAGGGCCGAGCAGACAAAAGAACAGCGCAGGGUCCUGUGUCGUUCCUCCACAAAGAGGGGGAGCGACAGAUACCGAACCAUAAGCAAAGUAGAACCAUAAAAUGGAGUGAGCUUGAGUCUUUGUCACUUGGAAGAAAACUCCUUAAGUAAGGACAACUGUUGGAUUUCUCCAUGAGUAGGGGUAAAAUGCUUUGUAUUAAAUGAAGCCCUUGGAAUACUGAGGUGGUUAUAUCAAGCAUCUUCAGCCUCCUUAAUCCUACCCUGAUUUCCCCAAACAGAUAUUUCAAUAAAAUUCCCUUUAACGUGAUAAUACUUAAACAUCUGUUUUACUAGAAAAAAACUUGUUGAAAGAACUUCAUCUCCAGUUUUAAAAAAAUGUAGGCUUUAAAUGGAAUUUUGAUUGAAGGAAAGAAUUCCAGUUGUAUGAAAUACUCUAUUGCCCACACUAAAGAAUGAAAACUGUAUGUAUAUAUACUUCAGUAACUUUUGCUUUAAUCUCUCUCAUUAUGUGUUUAAAGGCAAAAUAUAUCUGAUGAAUUAAAAAUUAUGGAGCUAUUUAUAGCUUAAAAUAUAUAAAUCAUAAAAUAUUCCUGUAUUCUUAGGUAGACUAAAUAGUAUUAGUCACCUUGCAUCAACGUAUAGGCAAUUGAUCAAAGUUUAUAAACCCCUUUAAUGUGAAUUUUAAAGUGAUUAAUGAAUUCUUUACUUACUAAACCUUAAGCAGAUAAAAAUUUUGUUUGGUGAGUUUCUAAUAUACCUAGCCUCAUCCUGUAAAUUGGAAAACUGCCAAAAGUUGCUAAAGUUUGGAAUUUUAAUAUUCUUCUAGAUUCUUUGAUAAAUUUCUUUUGUUUAAGUUGCUGCUUUUUUAUCUACUAGGAGUCAUUGAAUUAUGUAUAGUUGUAUCAUAUCUGUGCUUCCCCUUUCUACUACUCAGAUCACUUGCAUGACAUACUUGUCUGCCUGUAUGCCUAGUACGGACUAAAGAGCUUGUAAGGAGAUGAAUAAGCCAUAAUCAAAUGAUUUUCCAUUUUUUGAGUAAAGUGUUAUGAUUCCUUAUUACUGUUUUGGAUCUAAUACUGGGGGAUUUUAUACUUCAAUGGAAAAUUUUUAAAAAUGACUAUAAUUUUUUACCUUUAUCUGUAUUUUAAUAUUUAGCAGCCAUAUGCAAUCUUUUACAUUUUUUUUGGACAGGCAGAGUUAGAGAGAGAGAGACAGAGAGAAAGGUCUUCCUUCUGUUGGUUCACCCCCCCCCCAAUGACCCCUGCAGCCUGCAUGCCACGCCAAUCCAAAGCCAGGAGCCAGGUGCUUCCUCCUGGUCUCCCAUGUCGGUACAGGGCCCAAGCACUUGGGCCAUUCUCCACUGCCUUCCUGGGCCACAGCAGAGAGCUGGACUGGAAGAGGAACAACCGGGACAGAAUCUGGUGCCCCAACUGGGACAAGAGCCCGGGGUGCCGGCGCCGCAGGCGGAAGAUUAGCGAAGUGAACUGUGGCACCAGCCCAUCUUUUACAUUUUAGAAUUUACCUUGUAACUAUUUUACCCAUAUUCUAUCUAAUCACAUGCUCAUGGGAAUAAGAACUUUAUAGGAUAGUGAAGUUUAGAGAUAGUGGGUUUUUUCCCAUUUUUUUUCUCAUGAACUCAUUGUUUUUGAAAACUCUGUUAACCUAUAAACAUCAUCUUCUUAUAUUAUCUUUUUUAACUGAGUUAAGUUAGAAAUCCCAAAGAAAUGUCAUCCUUACAUUAAAAGUAUAAUUAAUAAUAAAACUGAAAAUUUUGAUUUUCAAUAGUAUAAUGUUUUGGUAUAAUCUCUGAAUAUUUUAAGAUAGUUGAGUUAUAAUAGCAAUACUUGUGGACGUUCAGUUGUAUUGUGCAACCUUUUUUCAAUAACAGAAAACCUGGAAGCUAAUUAUUACGGAAGGAGAUAUGUUUUGGCUCACAGGCAAAGAUUGAAUGGGCCUCAUUGGUUUGACCACCCUGUGAGGCCAGAGGUUGUAAAUGGCAUAGGAGCUAUGGAAGAGCAGUCACCUGGGAAGACAGUGGGUAGACCCAAACUCAGCUUAUACAACUAAGUUUCUUGGAAGAACUGUGUUUCAAGGGCAAAUACUGAAAGACCAAAGAACUUCCUUUGAGGCCCAAAUCCAUAACACCGUCAUUAGCUUAAGUAUCUACCCUCUUUAUACUGUUAACUUAUGACUUGGGAGACAAAUUUUAUUCAAACCAUAGCAAUAGGAAGGUAAGAAAUGUUUAUAUUGCAUUUGUUACUAAUUAGUACUCUCAUUUAUUUUAUUUUAUUUUUUUAAAUUUUUGACAGGCAGAGUGGACAGUGAGAGAGAGAGAGACAGAGCGAAAGGUCUUCCUUUACCGUUGGUUCACCCUCCGAUGGCCACUGCAGCCGGUGCGCUGCGGCCAGCACACCACGCUGAUCCGAAGCUGGGAGCAAGGUGCUUCUCCCGGUCUCCCAUGCGGGUGCAGGGCCCAACCACUUGGACCAUCCUCCACUGCACUCCCGGGCCACAGCAGAGAGCUGGACUGGAAAAGGGGCAACUGGGACAGAAUCCGGUGCCCCGACCGGGACUAGAACCCGGUGUGCCAGUGCCACAAGGCGGAGGAUUAGCCUAGUGAGCUGCGGUGCCAGCCACUCUCAUUUAUUUUUAUUAGUUUUUGUAACACUUUAAUGGCCUAGGUAUUUAUCAGCAAUGAGAAAUUGCCUUAUAGGCAGUAAAACUAUUACUUUACAGUUUGCCUGUUAAAAUCUGAAAUAUAUUUUAAAUACUUUGAAAAUCAUUAAGACAAUGUAUUUAUCAUAGCUGCUUUAGUGUAUUUCUGAAUAAAAAGUCAAGUUUUGAUACCUUAUACUUCUUGUACUCUCAGAUGCAAUUCAUUUGACAUUCACAACAUUUUAUGGAAAGUAAUAAUUAGUUCUAACUCAUUAUCUUCUCUUAUUUAUUAUCACUGUCAGAUGCUUUGGUAAUUUCAUGAUAGGUCUACAAGAAUUAUCUUUGCAAUGUGUGUUGAUAUGUAUUCUCUUUAUACAUUUGAGCCUUAUGUGCCAGUGAAUUAAACUGAAUUCAUCAGACAUAACGUCAGGGUACCUUGAAAACUGGAACUGAAUGUAACUAGAUGGAUAGAGACUUGGUGGUAAUCUCCAAAUGACUGGGGGAGGCAUAUUCCAAACUACAGUGUUAUACUCCAAAUUAUAUAGAUACUGUGUUUUUCUUUUUUGUGGAAAGUUAUACAUGGCAAAGUUACCAUUUUAACUGUUUUUUGUUUGUUUAUUUUUAUAAUUUAUUUCAUUGAAAUAAAGAAUGAUAAAGAGAUCUUUCAUCUGUUGGUUCACUCCCCCAAAUAGCUGCACCAGCCAGGUCUGGGCCAGGUUAAAGCUAAGAACUAGGAACUCCAUCCUGGUCUCCCAGAUGAGUAGCAAGGGCCCACAUACUUGGGCCAUCAUUUGUUGCCUUCCCAGGCACAUUGACAGGAAGGUAGAUCAAAAGCAGUAUAGUUGGGAUAGCUGACACUCUGAUAUGGAAUAUUGAUAUUGCAAGUAGCAACUUAACCCACUGCACCACAACAGAGGUCCCCAUUUUAACCAUUUCUAAGUGUACAGUUAAGUGGUAUUAAGUGCCUAACCAUUGUUCUGCACCAUCAUUAUCAUCCAUCUCUAAAACCAUAUCCAUCUUUAUUAACUGAAAUCAUGUACCCAUUAAAUGAUUACAUACCAUCCCUCCCUUUCCAGCUACUGGAAACCACUGUUCUAAUUUCUAUGAAUGUCUAGGUACCUCAUGUUAAGUAGAAUGAUACAAUUUUGUGACUACAUUAUUUUACUUAACAUAAUGUCUGUAAGAUUAAUCCUUAUUGUAGCAUAUACCUGCAUUUCCAUCUCCAUUUUAGACUGAAAAAAAUAUUUCAUUCUAUGUAUAUACACAUUUUCUUUAUAUAUUCAUCUACUAAUAGACAGUACUAUUGCUUCAUUUUUUGGUUAUUAUAAAUAAUUCUACUUCAUCUUUUGGGUAUUUGUAAACAAUGCUCCUCUGUGCUUGAAUAUACAAGUGUCUGUAUGUGUCCCUCCUUGUGAUUCUUUUGUGUCUAUUCUCAGAAGAGGAAUUCCUAUGUUAUAUGGUAAUUCCACCUGUAAUUUUUAGAUGCAUCAAUUUUAUGAUUUUCACACCAAAUAUAGCAUAUUACAUUUUCCUAGCAAUGUACAGUGGAUCCAAUUAAUUAGCAUUCUUGCUAACAUUUUUUUGUUAUUUUGAUAAUAUUGAGACUAAUGACUGGGAAGUAGUUUUGUUUUACAUUUCCCUGUUUAUUAGCAGUAAUUUUGAUUUCUUUGAAGAAAUGACUAUUCAGGUUCUUUACCAUUUUUUAAAUUUGUUUUAUUUUUGAUGUUUCCAAGUCAUAGGAGUUCCCUCUAUAGCCUGUAUGUUAAUCUCUUAUCAGAUAUGUGAUUGUAAAUGCUGUCAUUCUGUGUUAGCCAUUUCACUCUGUUGAUUAUGUCAUUGAUAUAUGAUUUUUUUUGUUUAAGUUUUGAAGUCCAACGUGUCUGUAUGUUUCCUUUGUUGUCUUGCUUUUGGUGUCAUAUCCAAUAUAAUUGUGUAAAUUAAUAUUUAAAUUAAAU